AUGGCGGCGAUGAUGACGAUGAAAAUGAUGACCAUAUCCCCCUUUCCCGGCCACGGCCGCAGGCCCCGUCCGCCGUCAUCAUCGUCAUCAUCCGUACCCGGUUCCACCUCCACCUCCAUCUCCACGUCCACCACCCCCACCGCCGCGCCGCCGCCGCAGCCGAUCCCGGGAUCGCACGGGUGGCCGGUGGUGGGGCCGAUGACUGACAGGCUGGACUACUUCUGGUUCCAAGGGCCCGACGAGUUCUUCAGGAAGCGGAUGGAGAAGUACGGGUCGGCGGUGUUCCGUACGAACGUGCCGCCGAGCUUCCCGUUCUUCAGCGUCGGGGUGAACCCGAACGUGGUGGCGGUGCUGGACUGCAAGUCGUUCGCCCACAUGUUCGACGCGGAGGUCGCCGACAAGAGGGACGUCCUCGUCGGCGACUUCAUGCCCAGCGUGGCGUUCACCGGCAACGUCAGGACCUGCGCCUAUCUCGACACUUCCGAGCCCAAGCAUGGUCAGAUAAAAAAGUUUGCGAUGGACAUCCUGAAGCGGAGCUCCAAGGUGUGGAUAUCGGAGCUGCAGUCCAACCUGGACGAGAUGUGGACGACGGUGGAAGCCGACUUGUCAUCCAAGGGCACCGCCAGCUUCUUCCUCCCGCUCCAGCAGUGUCUCUUCAAGUUCCUCACCAAGUCCAUCGUCGGCGCUGACGUGUCGGCGUCGCCGGACAUCGCCAAGUCGGGGCCCACCAUCAUCGGCGCCUGGCUCGCCUUCCAGCUCCUCCCUACAGUAUGCAUCAACGUCGCCCAGCCACUGGAGGAAAUUUUCCUUCACACUUUUCCUUAUCCUUCUUUCCUCGUCAGCGGCGGUUACAACAAGCUCGCGGAUUUCAUCAAGUCACAAGGACAAGAGGUGGUCCAACUGGGCGUGACUCAAUACGGACUCAGCGAGGACGAAGUGGUUCACAACUUGCUCUUCAUCCUGGGCUUUAACGCCUUCGGUGGCUUCUCCAUCUUUCUUCCCAGUCUAUUCGGCCGGUUACUCAGCGAUAAAACCGGUUUACAAGACCGGCUCCGAGUCGAGGCCAGGGAAAAUGGAGGACCAAACCUAACAUUCGACUCUGUCAAGCAAAUGCCCCUCGUCCAAUCCGUCGUCUACGAGACCCUCCGGCUCAGCCCGCCGGUCCCAACCCAGUUCGCCCGAGCCAGGAAGGACUUCACGCUCAGCUCGAACGACGCGUCGUACGAGAUCAAGAAGGGCGAGCUGCUGUGCGGGUUCCAGCCGCUAGUGAUGCGGGACCCGACGGUCUUCGACGACCCGGAGACGUUCAAACCGGACCGGUUCGUGGGCGAGAAGGGGGCCGAGCUGCUGAACUACCUGUACUGGUCGAACGGUCCGCAGAGCGGUUCGCCCAGCGAGCACAACAAGCAGUGCGCGGGGAAAGACUACGUGACGCUCACGGCGGCGCUGAUCGUGGCGCACAUGUUGCGGCGGUACGAUUCGGUCGGUGGCGAAGGUUUGAAUAUCACGGCGCCGCUUGAAAAGGCCAAGUGA